AUGGAUCAUGUCAAUCUCGAUUGCCGAGACGACUCCUGCAGCCUUCUCCCCGUCGUGGCUGAUGGCGAUCUCGAGGGCUGUAAGUACUGCAUAUAUGAAGUGACCGGCUGCAAAGCGACUCAGUUCCCCGGGGCAUCGUCGCCUUGUUCCGCCGCGGCGGACAGAUUGGUGACGACGAAGAAGGAGUACCCCGCCGACCCGUUCCUCCCCGACGUCAACGACAGCAACAGCGUCUACGGCACCGAUGAGUUCCGCAUGUUCUGCUUCAAGGUGCUGCCAUGCUUCCGGGCGUACUUCCACGACUGGACUGCGUGCCCCUUCGUCCACCCUGGCGAGAGCGCGAGGAGGCGCGACCCGAGGAAGUACGCGUACAGCUGCUUCCCUUGCCUCCCCUUCAGGAGAGACGCGUGCCCCAAGGGCGACAUGUGCGAGUUCGCGCACGGCGUUUUCGAGCGGUGGCUCCACCCCAUGCAGUACCGCACCAGGAUGUGCAAGGAUGGGACGCACUGCGCUCGGCGCGUGUGCUUCUUUGCGCACACGUCGGAGGAGCUCCGCGCCUCGCUCGAGUGCUCGCCUUUUCUGCAGCUCCCUUGUGCAAAUAUAGCAUGGCCGGAACUGCAUCUUCUUGCUCUCGGCGAUCUCCAUCGUGUCAGAAAUCGAUCGUCUCUCCUCAAUGUGGAUGACCUCGCCCUGCUUCCUGAUUGCAGACUUCAGCAGAUCAACGAUUUGAGCUUGUUGCUUGGCCAAGAGUACCCAGCAACUUCCUUAGCUGGAAGGAAAUGCAGUAGUAGCCUCUUCUCUGCUGAGAUAUCUUCGCCACCGGGGUUCACAUCAGCUCAUCAGCUCGCAUCGUCUCCGCAGCAGCAUCAGAGUCCGCUGUUCUCUCCCAGAGCUAUGAAUCAUGGUCAUGAUGGGAAUUCCGCACCUUGCAUCAUUGAAUGGAGUUCCUGUCCCAGCUAUCCGAUCCCUGCUGCACUGACUCCACAGGAGAGACUGCAGCGACAUCUACCGGCCCUGAGCGCUGUUGAUGAUGGAUCGACUUCCAUUACCGGAUCAUCUGACUCCUCUCGGACCAACGAGUGGAUUGCACUAUCGAAGGAGAUAGAGCAGGAGGUGAAUGGUGAGGAGUUGGGACCGCAUAAGCGGUCGACGUCGUUUGAACUGGGAUGCCGCAGUGAGAAGGAGGUUGAUGUCUCCUGGGUGUAG